GUUUGAACUUUGAUAUCCUCCUUCCUCUCGUCAUCAGGCAGAGAUGGCGCUGCAGGUCACAGCAGGCAGCCUUCAUGCAGGGGUCCAGACCAUUUCAAGGUUUGGUAGCAGCAGUAUUGCCAGCUCUCACCCCUGCUCUGCAAGGCCAUUGCUGAAGGACACGCUUGAUUUCGACCCGCCUUGCUCUGAGCACAGGACCAAUCCUCUCCAACACUUUGACGCAGCGUUGCGAAGCACGAUGAGCAAGGUCAUCCUCAGAAGUCGGUUAUGGGGUGGUGGUUCGAGCCAAACCUUGCGCUCAGGGAAGCGAAGAGCACAGAAUUCUAUAAGUUCUUUCUCCCAUAACAAUGAUAGUUCUUGCCUUGGUCACCCAAAACCCUUUCUUGCUGGCAGCAUUUGCGCCCGCCGCAACGCCAACCAAACUUCAGACCUGAAUCCAAACCAGCUAUCGAACCACACCUUUAGCUGCCACUUCCGUCGGAGGGUUGUCCCCCAAGCCACCUCUGAGGACUCCGACCUUAGUUUACAACCACCGAGUCUUCCCUCCAUCUCGCAAAGCGUCACCUCAGGCCCGUCCACCCGCACGCUUUCUUCUCUGCUCGGCGCGAUCUUUACGGUUGGAAACGCGCCAGCAUUGGCAGCGGAUCAGGCCCCAGCAUCCUCGGGGGAGCCCGUUCACACCGCGGCAUGGCUGAUGGUGGUUGCGGUGCUGGCGGCCGUUGGUUGGGCACUCAAGGCGCGCUGGGAAAGUAUCUUAGAUUUCUUGCAAGGUGGCGUGCAAAAGCUGGGCCGCUCGCCCCGUACGGUGGAACCCAACGAGGAACAAGAUGAGGGUUUGUUGGAAGUCGAGAUCUCGGGGGAGACAUUCAGGAUUGCGAAACCCGUGCGGGCCAUGUCUCUCAUCGCGCAGCUCGAUGCGCAGGACUCGCGCCUGAGCUCCCAAAUCUCGGAGCGGCUCGAUAUUUACCACGAUAUGGUCGAGGAAGACGGGGGGGGUGAAGGGGGCACCGCGGCGUGGGGUCCGGCCUGGGGGCCAGCGCGACGAAGAGCGUCCGGCUCUAGUUCUGGGCCGUCGGAAUCGAAUUCCGGGGUGUCCGAAUCGGACGCUGAGCCGUCAGCGAACUUUUUUGGACCGUUUGGGGCGUCCAAAAGGAGGUCCGGGUCGAUGCGAGAUGGUUUCGGACGUGUUGUUGGGGAGUACACGGUGUCCGACGAGCACGGGCGGUCCGCAACUAGCAUGGUGUAUGAAGACGACACGGGCGAUUUGGUUCUCGAGACGGGCGAGAGCAUUGUGAGGGCCCGCAGCAUCGGGACGGUUCAGCGGCGAAUUGUGAAGAAGGCGACGCCGGAGCUGUCGGCGGAGCAACGGGAGCAGUUGAUCCAGGAGGUUUGGGAGCCGGGCAUGAAGGACGGGAGGCUGCUGGCGCGUACUCUGAGAGCGUAUGACGCAAUGGUGCGCGAGCGUAACAUUGUGUCAAACACAGGCGACGCCGUCGGCGGCUUCUUUGAGCGCACGAGCGCCCGCCUGCGCGACUGGACGCGCGAUCAGCUCCUCGCGGCGCGUGCGGCGCGCGGCGACGCCGAGACCGCUGCCGCCGCAAGCUCUUCCGCCCCCGAGAGUCCUCGUGGGGCGCGCGCGUUUGGUCCUAGCGUCGACCGCAGAAAGUCGGAAUUUUUUGCUGAGGAAAGGUCGAGACUAAAAACGAGGCCGGGACGCGCCCGGUGGGUUAUGGCCGGGGGGGGAAAGGGCAAAGUGGGGCGCGCAAAGGCCGCAGACGAAAAGCCCGAAUGGAUAAAGCAGCGAAAGGCGAACGCAAAUUUCUGGGCGGGCGGCGGGGAUGAAAACGGGGGGGGCAACUUCGGCAACUUUGGCCGUAGCACUGCGCAGGAAAUCGCUGACAUCAUCGACGCGGAGAAGUUAGCUGAGGCGUGGGGGGGCGUGUGGGAGGAACGGGUACGGACGUAUGCAGAGGAUUUGACGGCUGAGGUGGUUGCGCCGGGGGACAUUGACGUCAGCUUCGAGAGCCUGCCGUACCCCUUGGACGAGGGUACGCGCUGGGCCCUGGUGAGCUCGGCGUUUUUGCACCUCAAGCGCGGCCAGUACGCCAACUUCGUGGAGGGACUGCCCAGCCUGAGCCCACGUGUCUUGCUCACAGGGCCGCCAGGGUCGGAGCGUUACCAGGAGGCGGUAGCCAAGGCAAUGGCGCGGGACUGUGGGGCGCGCUUUCUAUGUUUCGACAACGCACAGCUCUGGAGAGUGCAGGAGAAGUUUGGGUUGUACGAUCAUCUGCGGUACUUUAGCGCGGGGUCGGAGGGAGAGGGCGCCGAUUCGUCGGGCUCAGAACGCCCUGUCGUCAUCUCCAUGAACGGAGCUGGACCGGACAUGAUCAAGCAGCUUUUGCAGCCUGUCGUUGAGAUGAAUGGGAAGUUUGGAAGGCCCCCCAGCCUGGCGCAGCUGUUGGCCACGGAGGGCAAGGGGGGGGACUCUGACGCGGAGCUGUCGACCACCCCGAAAGAAGUGGAUCUGCCAGUGAUGCUGGGGGACAGAGUCAAGUACAAGGGCAACUCGGAAUCGGACUCUAGAAUGUGGGACGAGCUUGCAACCAGCAAGCAGCCGCGCCAGCACUCCAUUGGUCGCGUUACGGAGCUGACGGGGAGCGAGGUGGGGGUCGUCUUUGGCGAGAGCUGCUGGCCGGCCGUGAUCGGCAAGAAGCGCGAGCCGGACGAUGUCUUCUACUGCAAAGCCAAAGACUUGGAGGUCAUCUCUCCCCAUGAGGACUUCACCCGGAUGACCUUGGAAGCCCUGUUUCAGGUGGUGAGUAGUGAGGCCGCCAAGGGCCCCUUCGUGCUCUUCAUCCGCGGCCUGCCCGGGUGGUUCUCGGACAUUCCCUCGGAAGACCGCUCCGACCGCUUCGACUCGCUAUUCGCCAAGCUGGAGAGCUUGGACGGGAACGCGAUCGUCGUGGGGUCGUACGCACCGCCAGUUCCGGAGAAAAAGGAGAAGACCGACCAGCGGAUGCCGCAAAUGGACGUCAUGCUGGAGUCAUUGAUGGGCAAGCGAGACGGCGGCGGCGGCGAGAAGGAGCCGCGCGUGCCGCCGUACCUGCUGCAGCUGUUCCCGUGCCACGUGGCGCUCAAGGUGCCGGAAGAUGCGGCGCUGCUGGGCGAGUGGAAGCGCCAAAUGGAGGCGGACAAGCGGGCCAUGGCGGCGGAGGCGAACGUGCACCAACUGAACAAGGUCCUCGCAACGAGCCGCCUGCGCUGCCCCGACGCCACCGACCGCCUGACCUACUCGCAGAGGAUCCUCACCCCGGAGCAGGCGCAGCGGGUGGUCGCCUGGGCGGCCGCGCACGUGCUGACGUCAGACCUGGCGGCGCAGCCCGUCGUGGCUGACGAGAAGCUGGUCAUCCCGCUCGCGAGCAUGGAGUACGCGCUGAGCGUGCUGGAUAUGGUGGAAAAGAAGAAGGAGGACGAGCUGGCGGAGAACGUUGCGGACGUUCCGCUGGACAACGAGUACGAGAAGGCGCUGAUGGCCGAGGUGAUCCCCCCCAGCGAGGUGGGCGUCAAGUUCGACGACAUCGGCGCGCUGGACCCCGUCAAGGACACGCUGCGCGAGCUGGUCAUGCUGCCGCUGCAGCGGCCGGAGCUGUUCAAAAAGGGACAGCUCACCAAGCCGGCCAAGGGCGUGCUGCUCUUCGGCCCCCCCGGCACUGGCAAGACCAUGCUGGCCAAGGCCGUAGCGACCGAAGCGGGGGCCAACUUCAUCAACGUCUCGCUGUCCAGCAUCUCGUCCAAGUGGUUCGGUGAGGCGGAGAAGCUGGUCAAGGCGAUCUUCACGCUUGCGAGCAAGAUUGCGCCCACGGUAAUCUUCAUCGACGAAGUGGACAGUCUCCUCGGCGCGCGCGGCUCCGGGGGCGAGCACGAGGCAACGCGCAAGAUGAAGAACGAGUUCAUGUCGUGCUGGGACGGGCUGCGUACGAAGUCAACGGAACGGGUGCUCGUGCUGGCGGCGACUAACCGGCCGUUCGACCUGGACGAUGCCGUCAUCCGGAGAAUGCCAAGGAGGCUUAUGGUGGACCUCCCGGACGCCGAGAACCGCGCCAAGAUCCUGAGAGUCAUCCUGCGGGAGGAGGACCUGGAUGCUGACGUGGACAUGGACGAGCUCGCGGCGCAGACGGAGGGGUACUCGGGGAGCGACCUUAAAAAUUUGUGUGUGGCAGCAGCGUACGAGCCGAUUCGAGAGUUACUAGCUCAGGAGAGAAAGCGGCAAGAGGCGGAAAAGGCGCGGCAUGCGGGCGGCGAGGCCUCCGAGGAGGCCGGUACAAGUGACCAGGGGGGCGCACCGCCGGCGCUGGUCCUGCCGGUGAUUCGACCAAUGCGGAUGGACGACUUUAAGAAGGCCAAGGAGACGGUUGGUGCCAGCGUGUCUCCCGAAGCGUCGAGUAUAAACGACCUCAAAAAGUGGAACGAAGAGUUCGGCGAGGGGGGCAAUCGGAAGAAGCGGGUGCUUGGGUUUAAUCUGGAUUUGGACUCGACGUGAGCUAGGUACUGGUGGUGUCAUUCGGGGAACGUUGCACUUUCACGCCGUUGUUUGCGAGGUAUCGAACCCGCUUCCGCAUGUUGCAAGGUUCAGAGGUCACGCUUCCAAUCGAGAUUGUGAGGUCCGGUGCUGAACUCUGCGGUAUUGAAGUGCUCAUGCAUGUCAGAUCU